AUUACCCAACCUUUUCCUCACUCCAACUUCCAAAAUGGCCUCCUCCAAUGCCAUACCCAUCUUUUUCUUAUUGGCUCUUCUCUUCGGAGCCUCCUCAGCUCAACUCUCCGAAACCUUUUACGACCGAACUUGCCCUCGCCUCCCCAACAUUGUCCGCGCCGCCGUCAAGAAAGCAAUCGAAACCGACAUCCGUGCCGGUGCAAAACUCAUCCGCCUCCAUUUCCACGAUUGCUUCGUCAAUGGCUGUGACGGCUCUGUUUUGCUAGAGGAUGCUCCCGGCAUAGUCAGUGAGCUGAACUCCCCCGGAAAUCAGGGAAUUCAAGGACUCGAGAUUGUCGACGCCAUUAAAGCCGCCGUGGAGAGUGAAUGCCCCAAUACCGUUUCCUGUGCCGACAUCCUAGCUCAGGCUUCUAAGGAUUCUGUCGAUGUGCAAGGAGGGCCUAGUUGGAGAGUGUUAUACGGAAGACGAGACAGUAGAAUAGCGAACAAAACAGGGGCUGAUAGUGGCCUGGCCAGUCCCUUCGAAACUCUCGUCCAACUCAAAAAGAAAUUUUCUGAUGUUGGCCUCGGAACCACUGAUCUCGUGGCUUUAUCUGGAGCGCAUACGUUUGGUCGAUCGAGAUGCAGAUUCUUCAGCCACCGAUUUGCCAAUUUCAACAAUACCGGAAGGCCAGAUCCAUCACUGGACGCUAACUACAGAGGAUUCCUUCAAGGGGUUUGUUCUGCAGGUCCAGACACGAGAGCAAAUUUCGACCCGACAACACCGGACGUGUUCGACAAAAACUACUACACCAACCUUCAAGCGGGGAAGGGGCUUCUGCAGAGCGAUCAAGAGCUGUUCUCCACUGCUGGGGCGGACACCAUCGCCAUUGUGAACAGCUUCGCGGCCAGAGAGGGCACCUUCUUCAAGGAGUUCCGCCAGUCCAUGAUCAACAUGGGCAACAUCAAGCCUUUGACUGGCAGCCGUGGGGAAAUCAGAAAAAACUGCAGGAGGGUUAACUCCGCCAUGGGUGGAGAAGGCCACGAUGUUAUGUAAUCUCAGUUUCAGAGAACCAAUUUGGCCUGUCUGCCUGGAAAUGGAAAGUUGCUGGCAAGAGUGAAUCUUGUUAUUGUUGUGGAGUUGCAAAAUCUAAAUAUGAGCUUAGGAUGUUAAUUAGUUGGGUGUUUGUCAAAUCUGUGUGUCCUUUUUUAGGGGGAAAAAGGUAAAUAAAAAAGCAGGGCAGGCUUGCGGUCGCUACUCA